CUUUAACAUUUUAAAAUAUGAAGGCAGGUAAUCGCCAAGCUCUGUCCGAAAAUAAACUACUAAAAUCAAAGAAGAAACUCCAAGCUGACAAAAAUGCCCGAAAGGAUGACAUGAACAGCUCUAUUUGAAAAUAAAGCAGCAACAGGGAAGUAUGAUCAGAAAGGUUUAAAGAAUACUAAGCCAAAGACGAGCAAAUAUUCAAAAUCUCGCAAGCCUUCUGAAUCUACAAAUUCAUGCAUGAAUAAUUCCUCAGUCCUAAAAAGUACGAAUAAGAAGCUAAAGUGACCAAUCAAGAAGCCGAAUACGAAGUCUAUGUGCCAGCAGUUUAAUGAAGCAAGCCAGAAGAUGAAAGACCAUCAGAAAAGCAACCAGAGAUCAUCCAAGAUUUACAAAUCAAACCUUAAUGUCUCAAAAAGGAAGUCAUUCAUGAAGGAACCAAUCAACCGUCUUGACAGCAGCGCUAAAUCUACACUUAAUAAAUCAUUUAACAGAACUAAGAGACUUGACAAAUACAGCUUUGAUUCUGACAUAAUGAAUAGCAGCCAAAGUAUUAAGUUUGGAAUCAAUGGAGGAUCUUUAGAAGACAGCAUGGAAGCCACUACUUCAAAGAAGACUUGCUUUGGGUAUAAGAAAAGCAGAACUGAAAAAGCUCCAAAUGAUAGUCUUAAUAAAAGGAAAGAAGAGAAGAAAAGCCUCAAGAAAAUCAAGGAAGUUCAUGAGAAGAGCAGCUGUAAAAGCUCAAGUCAGAACAAGCUAAAGAAGGCUAAAUAAAGUUUUUGGCAGGAAUAAAAAUGAUAUAGAAGGUAUGAAGGACAUGAGCAAGAUCAAUCAGGACUCGAAACUUACGUUCCAAAACCCCAGAGCAUGGAGAGAAUUCUUAGAAGUCAGGAAAGAAGUCAAUGCUAUGAAUGAUAAGUUAUUCAUGUCUACAGAUAGUGUGCUGAACCCUAAAAGUGGAAACCUGAAAAACUCUAUCACAGGGAAAGACCUUCUAAAGAAAUCUUCCAGUAUCGAUAGUAGCGAUGGACUCUCAUUCAAGAACGGCAUUUUUAAUGAAAAGUCUACAAUAGAAAGGGUCAGGAUUAAAUCAAGUAAGGACUUGAAAUCAAUCACUCAAUCAAAGACUAACCAAGUGUGUCCAAAAUUUAAGCAAAAAGCUCAAACCACUAAAAGAAAAGACCCUAAGGCAUUCAUUGGAGAGUAUAAGGAGCAAGGAAAGAUCAGAAAGUAUAUGAAGAAAAAGAGGAAGAAGAUUAUGAAGGAAGAACUCAAGGAAAAAUUCACUGAUUUUAAAAAGCAAGUUAAAAUAUGCAACAACCUUCGAGCUCUAAAUAAAUUUACUCGGCUUCAGACCAAAAGAUUCGUAGGUUUCAAAGAUAGGAGUAAUUCAACCCAAAAUAAAAUUCAGACAAAUAGAAAGAAUUUUGGAGUUGUUCUUGACCCAGAAGCAAUCAGUUUCUGAAAAGAUAGGAAAAAGAACGCAGGUAUUUCUAGUCGAAAAAUCUCUACCUCUCAAGUGAAUGACCUCCGAGGCAACUUAAAGAGGCAGAAAAGACAAAGGAUGAAGUCUUCUACUUCAGCUUUUUCCACAAAAUUAUCGAAUGAAUUCUAUAUGGAGUACUAUAAAAUUCUGAAAUCUAUUAAAAAUCAGCAAUUGAAGAAGACUAUUGAUGCUCAAGAUGCUCCUUCUCCUCUAAGAAGGAGGUCCAAAUCAAAUAAGAGACGGAGACCCAAAGGACUUCGACCAAAAUCGGCUCCUGGGACUCGCCUCCUGACCAAGAUGAAGCAAGCUAGAAGAGGAACUAUAAAUGCUGAGAGGCUCAAUGUAUACAGGAACAAAAAUGGUUUGAUGAAAGGAACGUUAGACCUUAAGAGGCCCUUUAUCAAAACAAGAAAGAGCUUCUCGCCUCUCCGUAAUAAAAGGAAACUUAAAACUAAAUAAGAGGAGGUCUGGCAAGAAAUUGAUCAAGCAUAAGAUCUUUGAAGAAAGAAACACCAUCAACCCAAGAUUUUUGAAUUUUAAAUUUAAUAAUCAAAACGAUAUAUUUGCGUGAAAAAUCACGCUUUGUGAAGCAAGAGCUGCUUUCAAAAUCUACUGUCAUUGGAAGAUCAACAAGCUUCUUAAGAAGUAUAGCGAUGAGGGGAUCUUCCUCCCGAACUUUACUCUCAGGAACAGUAUCAAGGAUGAUGCUACUCCUGAUAAUCUCUUAGAUAGGAAGUCUGAUUUAGAAAUCUAUGAUGAUUUUAAAAAUUCCUCUAUUAAUUUUGAAAAAGACUUAAAGCAUGAUGAACAAGGCAGACAAGAAAAUAGCAGUUAUGACCCAAAUCUGGAUCCAGAGUCACUUGAAGAAUUCCAUAGUUCAAAGGAGGAGUUGAAAGAGUUUGACACUGCCAUAAAAGAGCCUCAUGAAGACAGCCAACUUCAGAGCUCAGACAAAGAAAGUGUCGAAAGUGAAAUGACCAAGAUUUAUAUCAAAUCUCCGAAAGAAGAAAUCAAAGAGCCUCCUUGAGAACUUGAAGAGCAGAAGGAAAUAACUAAAAAUACUAUGAAUCCAUUUGAGAUCACCCAGGAAAGUUUGGAUAUGAAGGAAAAGAUAGUUCAUUUGUCAACCAUUAAUACAAACGAUAAUAUCGAGAACGAAGAACAGCAUAAUUACUUAUCAGGAGAUAACAAUCUUGGAAUUCGGUCUAUCAACGGAGAAGAAGCUUUAAAAGCCUUAAAAGACCUAGCAGGGUCAGGAUCUCUGAUCGAAGUUAUUUCUAACAAGGAUGAUUCUGGGAGGAAUACAGAGAGAUCUGAUACCAAGAAGAAACUGUUCAAUGGGCCAGAUUCUUUACUUAGAGAUGUAAUCUCUCAUACUCCAAGAAGUUUUCAAAUAAAUUCAAAGGAGGAUACUACAAGUCCACAAUAUUUACUGAGUAGAGAGGACAAGGAUGAAGACAAUAGUGAUGCAGCUACUAAAAAGAGAGUUGAAAUAUCAGGCUAUGCUGGUGGACUAACACCAAUAUCUUCAACAUCUUCUCAAUUCUUUGAAAAUAAUAGUUCCUUCCAGAAAUUUAGCCUUCUACAGUUCAACAACAUGAUGGAAAGCAAAGAUUUUGGAGUUCUCUUGCAACUCAGAGAAAAGGCGAUUAGGUAUAGAGAAAAGACUGAAAAAUAAGAUAAUUGAUAAGAUGAUCAUGAGUCAAAAAUACUCCCCAAGGAUGCUUCAUCAGAGAAAAAUAGAACUUGAGAGAUGGGUAGCUAAAGAAAAGCAAGAAAUUAAAAACACAAAAACUCAUUUACUAGAGAAAUGGAACCAAACAAGAGCAGUACUCGAGCAGACAGAAGAGAACGCUCAAAUCCUUAAGCAACAAUUAGGAAGCAUUGAUUGAUCUAGAAGGGCAAGUCAUAAUUAUGCUAGUUCCAUCAGUCAGAACAAUAUAGAAUCAUUCAAUCUUCAGUCGUAUAGAGAAGAGACAAAGUCUAAUGAUCAUGAUGAGAUUGAUGAAGAUGAGGAAACAAAGGUUAUUAGAUUCUCUGAACCUAACAGACUACUCCAAUCAAACUCUGAUCUUCACAUAUCUGUCCUUACUCAUAACUCUUCCCUUCUCAAUCUCGAUGGGAAAGAUUUUGUAGUUUCUGCUUUGGAGAAAACUAAUCAAUUAAAGAUAUCUUCGUUAAUCCCAACAGAGACUAUAAUCGAUAGAAAGAAUCAUAGCGAAACCUUUUAUGCAGAAGGAUUAUAUAAAAAACUUCUUGAUGAUUCAGAAAAUCCUCAACAGUAUGAACAACCAGCUGAAGAAAAAGAAGAGUCUAAGGAAGAAGCUAAGCAGCCUAUAAAAGAGAAAACUCCACGAGAUAAUUUUGUUUUUGAGUACCACCACAACAAAAAUAACUCAGAAGAUACCAUGCCUGAAGUCCCACAAAUUAAGAAGCUAGAAGAACCUAGCAAUCAUGGGUCUCUCAAUGAUGUUGAUGAAACUGAAAGUGAGCAUAAGAAGAACCAAGAGAGCCAAGACAGUCAAAACCUUAAUGACAUCAGCAUUGAGAAAGUAGAAAACUUAGAUAUAGUGGAACUUCUAGGAAGCCAAGAGGAUAUAUCUGAGCCUGAAAGUUUUUCGAAACUAGAAAAUCAAUUCUCUGGUAUGAUUACGCAAGAAUUCCUCAGAGAUCUCAACCAAGAAAUUAGUCAGGAAGAUGAAAUUCUUGGUAAAAAUAGCCAGCAAUCUCUAGAAGGGACAGAUAAAGAAGAGUCUAAAGAUACUAUAAACUUUGAUAAAGAUUCUGAGAAAGAAUUUGAAGAAAGCAGCACAGAGAAAGAAAUCAGCAAUAUUGAUUCACCAGAAGAGCAAAGUAAAGAAGAAGUACCACAAAAAGUCUGUCAAAGUAUUGGAACUGAUCCUAUUGAAAAUAAUUAUCCAAAGAACUCUAAUGAGCUAUUUAAGAAGGAAGAUGAUAAGAAGAUUAUAAACCCAGAGAUAUUGUUGCCUCCUUCUCAAGUCGAGACAGAUACUUCCCCAAAGUUUGAGCCUCAAGUAACUGGAGCGUUUUCUCCUCAAAACAUGGCAGAUAAGCUCUUGAAAUCAUUGAAAAAGAAGGAUUGUGACGAAAUUCCUUCAAACGAUAUGCUAAUUUUUGAUGGUACUGAACAGAAUAUUUCUCUAAAUAUAGUUCAUCCAUCUAUGAAUAUUUCUAAACCACCAGAUCUACCAGAUGAGGAAGAAUGCGUACAAAUACAUCCUGUUAUUAGUGUGCACACAAAGCCUCGACAGGGGGUGCAGAAAGAAAGGAUAGUCAAUGACCUUCUCAACCAGUUGGUUAAUGAAAUAAAGGAAAAUAUGUUUCCUAAAAGAGAGACAAUUGAGCCUAUCUUAGAAGUGACAGAUACUUCAGCAUGAUACGAUCCAUUAAACAAAUCUCCAUUCUCUUGGUUCACGAACCAGCAGCUUGUCUCUAAACUUGCCUUUGAAAGCAAUGAAGGGAUCCCAAUGGACUUUGGAGUAAUAGACAACUACUUAAAGGACGUUAUUGAUGAAAUCCUUAAACAUGAGUCAGAUUUUAUAAACAACAUUCUGACUCCUAUCCAGAGAGAUCCUUUUGAAAUGCUGGGACUCCUGCAGACAUCAGAUAUUGGCAAUUAUAUUCAUUUUGAUACUUACGAUCCUGUCAUUCCUAUUCUUGGCUUAGAGAUCUAUCUCGAGAUCGAGAAAAUGAAACAAAUUGAAAGAAACGAGGAGCCAGAGUGCAAAUAGCUUAGGAGACGGAUUCCCUCUCUCAAUGAUAGAUGAAGUCAUGCAUAAAUAACCUUUUCGAUUGUAUAAAUGAAAGUCUAGAUCAGUUUAGACCCUAUGGAAAAGAAGGAGUGCCCAUGCCUUGGAGCACCAAAUUACGUAAGCUUCGUGAAGAUGAAAUUUUGGAAUUCAGCAAAAUGUUUGAAAUAGUAAAGCAAGACUUAUUCCGGUGGUGGUUCACAUCAGCAGGAACAAUGCCUAAACGAGAAUUUAUAAACGAAAACCAAUUCGACGAGAUAGGCUUUAACGAAGUAAGAGAAAAGAGACUAGCAAGUCUCCUCACCAACGACAUUCUCGAAGGAGACUACAAAUGGAUAAACUACGACUUCGAAGAGUCACAGGUAAAAAUCGACUUAUCAGAGAUGAUUCUAGAGCACCUUGUAUCAGAAACCGCAGAGGUUCUUAACAACAUCAGCCAUUAAUAAUUAAUUCAGCAACUACAAAG